UGCAGUUGAGAGAGACAGCCUCUUAGAGCUGUGAGGCAGAAGUGAUGGAUUCAGCCCACAGAAAAGUGACAGUCUUCUCCUAACGGGCCACAGGCAGCACAUGCCGCCCUGGACUCUCCCCACUCAUCAGGAAACUGUCUCCACCACCCAACUUAAGUUACCACUUGUCUCCUGAAAGAGCUCCAACUUCUUUCCAUCGGAUUUUGAAACGGUCUUCUCAAGGUUUGCUGAAGAGUUCCUGGCUCAGUUGAGCCGUCUUUUAAUAACACGCUUUAGAAACACCCCCACGGCUGGAAUGGAUGGAGGUGACAGAGAGUAACUAUACAGGCAGCGCGCAGGAAGGGGGGGGAGGAGGACGCAGGGGUGCAGCUUUCUAACUUGGGAUGACUUUCUACCAGGAGGAACUUCAAUCAGCUCUGCCAGGAGGGAAAGGCAUCUGAGGGAGCCCCAUCGAUACCCUGCAAGCAUCCGUCUCGCUUUGGUGGGGUGGGACACAUGGAGCCCCCUUCAGUGGUCCUGCUGUGGCUCCUUCUUCUUCAUGGACUAGCCUGUACCGCCCAGCAGCCUCAUGGGAGUCCGUCAGACAGUAGCCACGGCCGGGACAGGACCCAAGAAUUUCAGAGCAGUGAGGAUGAUUUGGAGAGAGAGUUUCUCUACGCUGCAAGGACCAAGCGUGCUCCCGCUGACCAGCCGCAGGACAAGUGCUCCUACACGUUCAUUGUGCCUCAACAAAAAGUGACCGGCGCCAUCUGCGUCAACUCCAAGGAGCCGGAGGCCAUGCUGGAGAAUCGGGUCAACAAACAGGAGCUGGAGCUGCUAAAUGUGGAGCUGCAGAGACAGAAGAGGCAGAUCGAGACCCUGCAGCAGCUGGUGGAGGUGGACGGAGGUAUUGUGAACGAGGUCAAGCUUCUGAGGAAGGAGAGCCGAAACAUGAACUCCAGGGUCACUCAGCUGUACAUGCAGCUGCUCCAUGAGAUCAUCAGGAAGAGAGACAAUGCCCUCGAGUUGGCUCAGAUGGAGAACAAGAUCCUGAACCAAACCUCCGAGAUGCAGCAGCUCACCAGCCGAUACAAGGAUCUCGAGCACAAGUACACGCACUUGGCUUCUUUGGCCACCAACCAAUCGAGUCUUAUUGCUCUGUUGGAGCAGCAGUGCCAGAGUCGGCCUCUCCCUCGGCCCGCGCCAGUCCCCCAGCCGAGGCCCCAACCGCCCCCACCAUCACCACCUCUCAACAAGCCUUACCAGACGCCUGUCCUGCCACGAGUCACCAAGCCAAUCAGCAACGAGAUCCAGAGUGACCAGAAAUCCGUACUGCCCCUUCCUACGAUGCCGGCUGGCACACACGGCCCCUCCACCACUAACAAGCCCUCUGGGCCGUUCAAGGAUUGUCUGCAGGCUCUGGAAGACGGCCACACGUCCAGCGGCAUGUACCUGGUGAAGCCAGAGAACGCCAACCGCCUCAUGCAGGUGUGGUGUGACCAGAGACAUGACCCAGGCGGCUGGACUGUGAUACAGAGGAGGGUGGAUGGCUCCGUCAACUUUUUCCGAAACUGGGAAACAUACAAGCAAGGUUUUGGCAACAUUGAUGGCGAGUACUGGCUUGGUCUGGAGAACAUCUACUGGCUGACAAACCAGGCAAACUACAAGUUGCUGGUCACGCUGGAGGACUGGUCUGGCAGAAAGGUGUUUGCAGAGUACGCCAGCUUCAGGGUGGAGCCGGAGAUCGACUUCUACAAGCUGAGGGUGGGCCGUUAUCAUGGCAACGCCGGAGACUCCCUCACCUGGCAUAAUGGCAAACAGUUCACAACACUGGACAGAGACCAUGACGCAUAUACAGGCAAUUGUGCCCACUACCAAAAAGGAGGCUGGUGGUACAACUCUUGCGCGCAUUCAAAUUUGAAUGGAGUUUGGUACCGAGGAGGACACUACCGCAGCCGCUACCAAGAUGGAGUCUACUGGGCCGAGUUCAGGGGAGGAGCCUAUUCACUGAAGAAAGUGGUCAUGAUGAUCCGUCCAAACCCAAACACCUUCCACUGAGCAUCCAAGGAACACAAACUGCGCUGUGUCUCGAAUGAAACACCCACUUUGACGGCGACUAGAAACCCAGCAAUCUUUAGCGCUCUCUCUAUAAGUGGCACGACACCAAGUCGGAUGAAGUGCAAUAUCGAGACGGGCUGAUAUACUAGCACCUCCUGCACUUUGUGUACCGUUAUACAGUUGUCUGUACCUUUUUUCCCCCCUUUUACACACGUAUGACUCAGUAGAGACAUGUUCUGAUUGCUCAGGAGUUUUUUUUAAUACACUGUCUUUGAUCAAAGAAAAACACGUUUAAGUUGACAGUGCUCUCAUUUGAACCGAGUAUGAAAAACAAUAAGAACUUAACAUGACAUCAGAACAAGGCCCUGCAAUAUAUAUUUAGUAUGUAUGUAAAGAUGCUUUCGCAAAUAACAAGCAAAUGAGGUUGACACAGGAAACAUGUCCAGUGACUUUUAAUUUCAUUCUAAAUACACUUUUCAAAUGUGUAAUUUAACAGUGACAUUUAUUGACUUGUAAUACAGGUUUAAUUACACCUUAAUAUACUAUUAAAACUGUACCAUUUUCUUUUUCACAGGAAAACCCAACAGAUAACCGCAAUAACAGUUUUCUCCUUCAACAUAUAGCAGGUCUAAGACUACAUUUGAGGAGGAUUUUUUCUCAACAAAACUAGUUUCAAAAUCUUGAAUUGCUUCAACAGGUAUCCACCAAUUUGCUUUUAUGGAUCAAGCACUGUAUUUACUGUAUAAAUUUAGUGGUUUGUUGAACACAUUGCGUUUGUACAUAACAGAUAUUUGUAAUAUAAUGUAUUAAAACCUUAUUACAUUGCAGUAAAAUA